AUGGGAAAUACGGAGAGCGGUGUGACCAGCGGCGAGAAGGCUCAGGCCGGCACCUCCACGCAGAAGCUCUACAAGCUGGUCGACCUCAAAGGUGGCGGCCUGCUCGUGGACAUGAUGAAGCGCGCCAUCCAGACGAAGCAGUACGCGGAGCUGGACCACGCCAUAAAGACCAAGGUGGAGCCUUUCCUAUACAACAAAGGCAAGGGGAAACUCUUCCCCAUUUCGCACGUCGUCCUGCUGCGUAAUAAGGAACGCCCACGUCACAAACUGUUACCACCACUUCGUUCACUGGAGAACCCAGACGAUUUUGACAUCGAUGAUCUGCCAAUUCCUGACGAGAGUAAGCUAGACCCCAGCAAGUGCCGCGAGGUGUGCUGGGACCUGAAGGAGCGCGGCGCGGUGGGGGAGACGGUGUUGCACCUCUGCCUGCUCAACGCCACCUCCACCCACGCCGAGCUGGCCAAGCGCCUCCUGCGCUUCUACCCCAAGCUCGUCAACGAUAUCUACAUGGGCGACCAGUACUACGGUGAAAGUGUGCUGCACAUAGCGAUCGUGAACGAGGACCCGGCCAUGGUGAAGUUCCUGCUGGACAGUGGCGCCAACGUGCACGAGCGCUGCUUCGGCACGUUCAUGAGCCCGGAGGACCAGAAGGCCCAGCGCUCAGACUCCCUGGACCACGAGUGGGUCAACGUCAACUCGGACACAAACUAUGAAGGCUACGUGUACUGGGGGGAAUACCCGCUGAGCUUCGCUGCCUGCCUGGGACAGGAGGAGUGCUACCGGCUGGUGCUCGCCAAGGGUGCCAACCCAGAUAGCCAAGACACCAAUGGAAACACGACGCUGCACAUGCUCGUCAUCCACAAGAAGAUGACCCAGUUCGACAUGGCUUAUGAAGUUGGCUCUUCACUAGACAUUAAGAAUAACCUCAACCUCACACCGCUCACGUUAGCCGCUAAGCUGGCUCGAAUAGAGAUGUUUUUCCAUAUCUUAAACAUAGAAAGAGAGAUCUACUGGCAAAUAGGAAGCAUCACGUGCGCAGCCUACCCGCUCUCGCAGAUCGAUACCAUCGAUAUCGAAACAGGGAACAUCAGCAAGAACUCAGCCUUGAAUCUGGUAGUAUUUGGGGAGAAAGACGACCAUCUAGAGCUGAUGGACGGCGUUCUGGUCGACCUGCUGCACGCUAAGUGGAACGCCUUUGUGAAAUUCAAGUUCUACCGCCAGUUCUUCCUGUUCUGCUUCUACUUCAUGUUCUCGCUGGUGUGCUUCACACUGCGGCCGGGCCCGCCCCCCACCAGCCUCAAGGCGACGGCGAGUCCUGCCAUCAACGCCACCAUCGCCACCAACGCCACCAUCGCCACCAAUGCCACCACCACGCUGUCGCCAGCCAACGGGACGACUGCCACCCUCGCCUUUCUCGCCUCCAACGGGUCACUGCACCUGCUUAACCAGUCUCUCGUCAAGAGCGAGAAGAGAUUCCAGCGUCUAUCACCAAAGGCAGCUGGAAUUACAAAGAACAGCACAAACAGCAGCGGGGGCGGCGGCGCCGAGGACAGGGAGGAGGAAACGUGGUGGGAGGAGCUGCAGGGCGAGUGCCGGCUGAUGCAGUUCCACAGCCUCGAGGCGAAGGUGCGGCUGGGCGCCGAGCUCGCCAUGCUGGCCGGCUCCUUCCUCUACAUCCUGUCCGCGCUGCGCGAGGCACACUUCCUGGGCCUCAACAUGUUCAUCGAGAACCUCAUGACGGCGCCGUCGCGCGUCAUGUUCCUGUGCUCGUGCCUGUUCAUGCUGGGGAUGCCCUUCCUCCGCCUGUCGUGCCACACGGAGGCCGAAGACGUGGUCGCCGUCUUCAUCAUGCUCACCACCGCUCCCUACUUCCUCUUCUUCUGCAGGGGCUUUAAGACAGUUGGACCCUUCGUGGUAAUGAUCUACAGGAUGGUCAUGGGCGACCUUCUUCGCUUUGUGUCGAUUUACCUCGUUUUUGUCAUGGGAUUCUCUCAAGCGUACUACAUUAUAUUCCUGUCAUUCGACAACCCAAACACCCCGGAAGGCGUGGACGACUCUGUCACCAACCCAAUGCCCAGCCCGACGGAAUCCAUCAUGGCGAUGUUUCUCAUGUCGCUAACGAAUUUCGGCGAUUACUUCGGCGCAUUCGAGCGCACUGAUCAUGAGCUGGAAGCUAAGCUGCUGUUCGUGAUCUACAUGGCGAUCGUGGCCAUCCUGCUGGUGAACAUGCUGAUCGCCAUGAUGGGGAACACGUACCAGAAGAUCGCAGAGACGCGCAACGAGUGGCAGCGACAGUGGGCGCGCAUCGUGCUGGUCGUGGAGCGAGGCGUCAGUCCGGCGGAGCGACUCAAGAAGCUCAUGUGGUACUCGCAGCCCAUGUCCGACGGCCGGCGCGCACUCGUACUCAGACUGCACCAGACGGAGGAAGACAAAGAAGAAAUGAAGGAGAUCCUGGAGAUGAAGCGUACACAUGAUCGCAUGGUUACAAAACGUCAGCGUGGUAUUCAUAAAGGAUUGUCAGCCACUCCCAGCCCAAAGAGGCUCGUCCUUUAGUGUGAUGGGUAGAAAACUGUGCACCAGCACC